AUGGACUCAGAACACGUUUGUAUUAAACUACGAGAAACUCAUAGUAAACAAGACAAGAAGACGGAAAGUACCAUUCCUUCAACCACAGCUAAACAAAGUAGUUAUAGGCGCGCUCAGAAAACGACGCCAAUUGUCAGGCGACGUGUACCACAACAGUUUACACCAACAGAGACACAGUCGAAACAGGUUUGCGAGGAUGAGAAAGCAUCGCGAGAAGAAAGCUCAGCAAGAGAGAAAUCAUCUGCAGCCAAGGCUGAAGAGGUCACGCCUGAGGUCACCACAGCUAAACAAAGCAGUUACAAGCGCUCUCAAAAAACGACGCCAAUUGUCAGGCGACGUGUACCACGACAGCUUCCACCAACAGAGACAGAGUCGAAACAGGUAUGCAAGGAUGAGAAAGAAUCACGAGAAAAAAGCUCAGCUAGAGAGAUAUCAUCUGCACCCAAGGCGGAAGAGGUCACGCCAGAUUUUGAAUGUAAUAUUGCGCCUGUGCAUGAGGAAAAGCUUCGUAUGGGGGCCAAAUCAGAUUUCAGUGGUAACGAGAUUGGCGACGACUUUGUAUGUUACUCCAAAUCUAGCGACGAGAAAGCAAUGCCCGAUGUGCCCCAAUGGCUAACAGAGGAGUACAAGGAGAGAGAAGAAGAACAGGAAAACAUAAAACUCAUUAAAGGUGACACCACUGUUACAAGCUCGGCACAAAAUAUCAGACUGGAAACAGAGUCUGGUACAAAGAACAAGAUGGAAGAAAAUGUUUUGAGCGAGGAAGAGUUGGACUGUAGCUCUUUCACUGAGUCCAGCGGAUAUCAACGGAAAAUGGCUGAGCUAAACGAAAAAUUCAGACGGCUCAAGGCACAGUUUUCGAAGGAAAACAGACAGGCUGUCGAAUCUACGAACAAGACAAUGGAGGAGAUCAAACAGAGCCAGGCAAGGGUAGAUUGCAUCGCAAAUGAGAUUGAGGAGAUGCGACGGAGACGGGAUGAAAUAAAAGAAGACUUGAAACGCCUUGAUGAGAUCGGCCAAAGACGAGAUCUCGAGGAUAAAAAAUGGAAAGAAAAAAUGGACAUGAAAAACAAGAAACUCGCAAAUAUACUGGAGAAGAUAAGAGCCAAACGACGCAAAUAUCAAGAGGAGACGGGUGCUGAAAAUGACUCAACAGAGGGGCAUGAUCAACAGGAUAAGAAUUCAAGUGAAAGUCCGGAGAGUGAGAAAAGCAAAGAUGUCACCAUAGGAAACGAAACUGUUAUAGACGAAGACGUUGGUAACGAAGUGUUACGUGAGCCUCACCAGAUCAUCGAGUACAAAAGUGUAAAAGAGCUGGAAGAGAAGCGGAAAGAACUAAAGCAGUUGAAGAGACUGGAAAAGAAGGCGAUCAAAAGAGAGAAGUUAGAACAAAGAGAACGUAAGAAGAUCGAAAAACACAAACUUAAAAAACUCUCAGCUAAGAGUUCAAAGGUCUCGGAAGAAACUGCAGGAGUUGCUGAGUGUAUAAAUCAGGACAUGGAGGCUACGAAUACAACGGCAAAAGAGAAAAGUGUUGAAACCCCGAAAGUAACUAGAAUUAAACCAUACGUCGAAACCUCUUCACAUAUCGCAGAGUCCAAGCAAGUCCAGGCACCUUACUAUUCUGGAUUAAUUACGAAUGGUACAAAGAACAAGAUGGAAGAAAAUGUUUUUAACGAGGAAGAGUUGGACUGUAGCUCUUUCACUGAGUCCAGCGGAUACCAACGGAAAAUGGCUGAGCUGGACGAAAAAUCCAGAAGGCUCAAGGCACAGUUUGCGAAGGAAAACAGACAGGCUGUCGAAUCUACGAACAAGACAAUGGAGGAGAUCAAACAGAGUCAAGCAAGGGAAGAUUGCAUCACAAAUGAGAUUGAGGAGAUACAAAGGAGACGGGAUGAAAUAAAGGAAAACUUGAGACGCCUUGAUGAGAAAUUAGGAGAGACGUUUGCUGAGGUUGAUAGGCUUAUAUUGGGAGAUACAGACUCUAUGGUCGACGAAACAGUGGACAGCCAACAAAGGAGAGAGAAGAAAAACAGGAAAACAUAA